AAUGUCAACUCCUACCAAAACACAUUAUUUAUGACCCACUUUUCUCUUUGGUUAUUCCAUCUUUCUCUCCUCCAUACACAUACACACACACACCCACACCACACUGUGUGUAUUCCCAUCGGCCAUGACUAAGUGCUUUAGUUUCACGGCGUCUAGAAACUGGUGUCUCCGAUCAUCUUUCUCAAGCUCCGGUCUCCGAUCAACGGUGACGGACCUCGGUGACGGCACCGUUAUCCAUUGUUGGGUACCCAAAACCCGUAAAGAAAUCCGACCCAAUUUGCUCUUGCUCCAUGGGUUCGGAGCCAACGCCAUGUGGCAGUGGGGGCCGGAUAUUAUCCCUCGAUUCGUCCGUCAUUUCAAUGUCUACGUGCCGGACCUGGUGUUUUUCGGUGACUCGUAUACGACUCGUGAGGACCGGUCUGACUCGUUCCAGGCUCAGUGUGUGUACCGAGUCAUGGAGACGAACUCAGUGAAGAGAAUGACGGUGGUGGGGCUGAGUUAUGGUGGGUUUGUGGCGUAUAGCAUGGCGGCGCAGUUUAAGGAGGCGGUGGAGAGGGUGGUCAUAUGUUGCGCCGGGGUGUGUUUGGAGGAGAAGGAUUUGGCGGAAGGGUUGUUUCCCGUGAAGAAUUUGGAGGACGCCGCCGAUAUACUUUUGCCGCAGACGCCGGAAAAGAUGAAGGAAUUGAUGAGUCUUACGUUCGUCAAGCCGCCGGUGAAGACUCCAAAUUGCAUACUUGUGGAUUUUAUCGACGAGAUGUGCAGUGAACAUGUAAAGGAGAAAAAGGAACUCAUUCAUGCUCUAGCCAAAGACCGAAAACUUUCCGAAAUUCCCAAAAUACCCCAGCCAACAAUGAUAAUCUGGGGUGAUAAGGAUCAAGUUUUUCCUUUGGAAUUGGGUUACAGACUUAAAAGGCAUUUGGGUGAUAAUGCUGUCAUGGUGGUCAUCAAGAAUACAGGCCAUGCUUACAUUGUAGAAAAACCUAAAGAAUUCUAUAAACAUCUCAAAUCCUUUCUACUUCCUCUUCCUCCACCACCAACCGCCACCGCCACAACCAACCACCACAAUAAUGGCUCACUCACUCUUGCUACCUGAUCCCACACUAAAAUCAUCAUGUUCAUGCCUAUUUCCUCAAAAGUUUUCUUAACUAUUGAUGACUCCACAUAGUUCUUGUAAUCCAACAAUUUUUUUGUGUUAUUUUGUUACCAAAUUACCAAAAAUUUGGUCCCUCUUU